AUGUAUCCCAUCCACAAGGCCUAUCUGUUUGACUACCUUUUCGAAGGAAACAAAUCCACCUACACCCAAUUCAACAAUACCUCUGACCCAAUAAGAAGUAUGAAAGUAUCGGAGGAUAUGCAUCCCCCAGUUUCACCCAACUACUUCCUCAGAAGCUCCGUCAAAAAGUCAAGCAAGCUCCAGUACGAGGCCCCCACAGAAAUCCUUCAAGCUAUCUUUUUGGAGCUUGCCACUAUAAAUGACGCCAAGGCAGUCAUUACCACAUGUCACAGGAUGAAUGACGCCUUCAACGGCUACAAGAAGACGAUUAUUUGGACCAUCCUUUGUCGCGAGUUGGGACCAACGUUACCCGGCACCUUCGGGGCUCUAGCGAUCUUUGUGUCCCCUCGCAAGGGGCCCGUCGACGAAAAAUUGUUUCUCGAGAGAAAGAUGUCCGCCCGGUACUGGGCACCGAUGCUGAGGGAGCACGGAGAGCUCGCACGGAGGCUACUUACGCUUGCGAUGGCGGCUCGGAUGCUGGCUGUGUAUCGGCGAUUUCCCAAAGAGGUCAAUUACAGCGCUGGCGGGGAGUGCUCAGCCUGUGUGAGCAGCACGUUGGCGGACGGAGACUGGGAUCCCAGGGAGGAGAAUACGGUUGGGAAUUGUCUCGAGCACUUGUUGCAGGCGAAUGCUGUGCGUUUCCGGCUGAAAUGCCGUAUGGUACUGGACUAUAAGAAGCCCGCUGAAAUUCCGGGUGUCUGGAGGGGGGUCUCUGGUCUGUGGUGGGACUGGUGGUAA